AUGUUUUGCCUUUACUCCAGUAAUUUAUAUUUUAAAUAUUUUUUAAUUGUAAACAGUGGAAUAAUUUUUAAAGUUUAUUUUGGAAACUCUACAAAAAGUGUUAUAAUUGCGAGUGAAAUUCGUCUUAUCAGUAUUUUCGGUGCUGGGUUGUUGGUUGGCACGGCACUCUCUGUUAUUAUUCCAGAAGGCGUUGAAGUUUUAUAUAGCGUCAAAUUAGGUAAGAUUCUAAAUUUGAUCCUUUCAGACAGAGUACAAAAUGAAAAUGUGGAAUCCGCUGAACAUCAUGAUGACGAUGAUAGUUCUUGGCCUCACAAAUCAAUUGGGAUUUCCUUGGUAGCAGGUUUUUUAAUGAUGUUGCUAAUCGACCAAGCAUCGCGGGCAGCUACUGGUGGUGAAAGGUCACGCUUCAGCUUGACAGCAACUAUUGGACUGGUUGUUCACGCUGCAGCGGACGGGGUUGCCUUAGGAAGUGCGUCGGCGACCAAACGGACAGAUGUGCAAUUCAUAGUUUUCCUUGCGAUUAUGCUCCACAAGGCGCCAGCUGCAUUUGGCCUGGUUAGCUUCCUUUUAGUAGAAGGUUUGGAAAGAGCACGUGUAAAGCGACAUCUUUUGGCAUUCUCACUGUCGGCUCCCAUUACUGCUCUGUUAACUUUCUAUAUUUUAGUGGCCGGUAGUGAUUCUUCAUUUUCGGCGCAUUCUUUUACUGGUGUCCUUAUGCUCUUCUCUGCGGGAACUUUUCUUUAUGUGGCUACUGUACACGUGAUUCCCGAACUGACUAAAGUAGCGAGUGAUUAUCAGCUUGUAAAUGCGAUAGGAGCACAAGGGGCUCAUAGUCACAGCGGUGGAGCGCCAUCUUUUACUAUUCGGGAAUUAGUCGCAAUGAUUGUCGGGGCAUUAUUCCCAGCGCUUAUUGCCUCUGGGCACUCACAUUCUCACUGA